UGGGUUGCGUCUGCGCCGGUCCGGCGACUCUCUCUCUCUCUCUCUCUCUCUCCCCCCACCGCUGCGUGGAGUAUGAGGAGGAGGAGGAGGAGGAGGAGAGAAAACGUCGCUUAAUGGGGAGGUGUUUAUUUCCGUCGCGGUGUCCAGCAGACUGGGCCAGGCGACUCGACGGUCGGACGACUUGCUGACCUUGGAUUGUUGUGGAGUUUCUCGCUCUCGCAGAUCUUCGGAGCGUUAAGAAGACGUAAAAAAAAAUACAAAUAGGGAAAUUGUUUUGUACCAACAAAUUUUCAUUUUCCAUUGAUAUUUUAUUCAGCUAAACCAUUUUUUUAAGCAAAAUGUUUUGGUUAUAUUUUAUUAACAAGAUUUUCUUUCAACUAUUUUCUAUAUUUUAUGUAGUACAUGGCAUAUUUGGUGUUUUAUUAUCGCCUAUACACUAAGUUCUUUAGUAUUUGGCAAGCCAAAAACACUUUCACAACGCUUGUUUCAGCUUCAAUUUAAGGACUUCGAACCUCGACAUCUAAGUUUUCACGCAAAGCUCCUACGACAAUCUUCGAUUAAUAGACGAAUGGUGAAUGGACAAGCCAAAAAAAUAAUCAUAAAAACUAACAGGAUUUAAUAAGAAUAAACCUACAUCUCGCGGGUGAUAAGACCAGCCCGUGACCAAGCUCUCGAAGACCGCUCCCCCAGACGUCCUUCCCUCUGGUUCGUUCCGUCGACGGUUGGCAGCCAUGAACCUGAGCACGAGCAGGAGCGUGGGCAACUUCAUGGGGCUGCAGCGGCAGGGCAGCCAACUGAACCAGCAGGCCGGCUACUCGCUGCGCAAGAGCCACACCACGGGCCACUGCGUCAUCGUCAGCAAGCGCGGCUUCAAGCCGUCGGACCGCUUCGACCCGCACAAGAGGGAGUUCCUCACCACGCUCACCAACAAGCUGCUGCACAUCUCGCUGGUACGUACAGCGCGCUCCGGCCAUCAGCGCGCUCGCAGCCGAUACCAUAGUGCACCAUCACUUGUCCCCAGCUUUAUAUUUUCCAUUUGUAGGUGAUCUGAGGUCUAAACCCCGCGGCACGUUAAAAUGUAUUUACACAAUAAAGACAACAGCUGCAUGAAUUGAAGUAAAGCAGAAAAAAUGUAUUUUUAAGGUUGCUCAAUCGUAUUAAACAUCCGAUAUUGUUUGGUAUACAUUCUUCCACACAACUGGGUGUUACGUUUAAAAAAAUUUAGGUUUAUGAAACGCACAGUUAGGUUCAAAAAUAAUUUCAGUUCCUUGUCAUUUUAUUUCUACCUAAAUUUUGGCCGAUGUAAAAACAUGAGUUUCAUGUGCGCCGUUAAACUUCGGAUUUUUAUUCCAAACCUUCAACACGGUGGGGUUUUUCUUCCUCUUUUGUUCCGCUUAGAACUUGGUAAGCGUGGCAUGCCCAGUUCUCUACACAAUUUGGUGCUCAAACUGGAACGAGUGGCACUUUGAUCUCGUCAGCGGGAACUCCCAUGUGAGCUGAUCAAGUUUAGUCAAUUAAAAAAAAUUUUUAGACACAAAAUCACUUUUCUUACGUGCAGUGUCUGUAGUUAAACACUAGCAGUAUGCUACGCUACCAGCAUUGCCUAACAAAUUGUUAAAAAUUUAUUUGACAAGUUUAUAAUAAAAUAAAAAUAACCUGAAUUAAUUAUUUCAUAUCAAAAUUAUUUCUACACUUUAUAUUUCAUUGAUUUUCAGGCAUAUUGUCAAACAUGUUUCUACGAUUAGUACCCAAAAAUAGGAUUUCUUCAUUAGAAAUUGAUGCUAAAUGCGCAAUCUUAAUUUUACGACACAAUUCUACGAAAAAGUUUUUAUCGAUAAUCUUGAACUAAAUCACAAAGGAAUUGUAUGAAAAACUGUGUGCCAGGCUUCCGAUAGUUUUACACUUUUUAUGGGUGAUUCUGUAUGCUACUUUUUUUUUUCUUUUGAACCAAAAUUGUACUUUUGCACAAUCAAUGAGAGUUUUAUUUCGUUCAAAGAUAAUGUAUGCCUGUCUCAAAAAAUCUCGCUACUGAAUUCAUCUUCACUGUAUACUUAUGUCAUCUGGAGCUAUUCUACUGUUUUCAGCAAUGUUGUCGUCGUUAUUUAGUUUGUUUUAUUUUUCAUUUAGUCAUUCGCUAUGUAAUUCUGUCUUGUUGCACCGACUUAUUUCCUUCUGGAGAAUAUUCUACUUGUUUUCUUAUAUAUUUUGGCUCAUUUUUCUUUAUUUUGUACAUUUUUGAACAUUUUCUUUGUCAGUCUUGGUUUCCUGAGACAGACAAUUCAUUUCGCUGACGUAAGCUUUAUGUCUAUAAUUUCUCAGCGAGCAUUGCAUUUUAAUUUUUUUUCCUUCAAAUUAAUAUUUAACUUCCCUACUCGAGUGGUACCGUUUAUUUUCCUUGUUCUUCACAAAUAAUAUUGUAUGUUGACUAUGAAGUGCUAAUUUCUUAGAAAAACUAAUUCAAAGUUACUACUAGAAAAAAUUUUAAUUGAAUCAUUAUUUUGGACAUACACCAUUGCUAGUUUGAACCGUGUGUCAUAGAUAAAAACCCAAAACAAACAAAAAAGAGCCAAAAAUAUUAAUACAUAAACACAUAGAAAACUAGCCAAAAUCGGCCGAUGUUCAAUGUAAAUACAGCACGGAGAAUUCUGUGGAACAAUACUAAUAGUUUUAAAAAUGGUUAUCAGCGAAAAUUGAUUUCUUGAAGAGGUAUAAAAAAUAAACUAGUAUAAAUAUUAAAGUACUAUGUGUCGCACAGAAAUUGCCAAACUUACCGCGGACUGGGUAUACCUGAACGCCGCUGUGAGGCAGACGAAGAGCUCCCUCUGGCCCGCACAUUCUCUAUCCGCCGUAGGAGGGCCAGAGGCGGAAUGAGUGUGGGAAAGGGGUUGAAGAAGAGGGAGGGGAGCU